GCAGGAGGAAAAUGGCUACAACUGAAUACUCCACACCUUCUACAAGCAUGACCACUGACUUCAACAAAAACAUGACCGAUUACUAUGACUACGACGAAAACUAUGAGAGUGAUGCUGAAAUGUGCUACAGAACAAGCAUUGUGCAAGUUGGAGCGAUCUUCACUUCAGUGUUCUUCUCCAUUGUGGUGAUCCUCAGUCUGUUCGGCAACAUCCUGGUCAUUGUAAUUCUGGCCAUGUAUGAGAAUCUCAGAUCCCUCACCAACGCUUUCAUCCUGAACCUGGCUAUAUCAGACCUCUUCUUCACUGCCGGCCUGCCCUUCUGGGCCUACUACCACGUGUAUGGAUGGACUUUAGGGGAAGAUGCAUGCAAAAUAGUCAGCUUUGUCUUCUACACUGGCUUCUACAGCAGUGGUAUCCUCCUCAUCCUGAUGACUGCUCACCGUUACGUGGCUGUCAUGAAUCCUCUGUCUAACAUUGUGUCCACCAAAGGCUUUUACAGCGUCCUAGCCUCUCUGAUAAUUUGGGCAGUGAGUGCAUUGGCCGCCAGCCCAGCCUUCGCCUUCACCCAUGUCACCAACAAUUACUGUGUGUCUAAGGAUUCUUACUGGAGCUUAUGGGGAAUCUACCAGCAAAAUAUUCUCUUCAUAUUGAGUUCAGUAGUGUUCAUUUUUUGCUAUUCUCAGAUUAUGUGCAGGUUGCUCCGUCCCACUGCCCGAAGAAGGAAGAACAAAACUUUAAAACUCAUUUUCACUCUCAUGAUUGUUUUCUUCAUGGGCUGGGGACCUUACAAUAUAGUAAUAUUUCUACGGUCAUUAUAUUACUGGCGUCAGCACUAUGCUGACUCAAAGGCUGCAGCUGGAAGUUGUGAAAUGUUAAAACAACUGGAUUACGCCUUUUACAUUAGCCGUCUUUUUGCCUUUUCACACUGCUGCCUUAACCCUGUGUUUUAUGUGUUUGUGGGGAUUAAAUUCAAAAACCACUUGAAGAAAAUGCUGAAGAGCUGGGGUCACAACAACAACAGCAUCCGUAGUAGACAAAACCGACUCACAAUCACAUCGCUAACUAGUGGUGAAGAGCUUUCAAUGUAGUUCCAGUUUCCAGGUUCCAGGAGAAAGGAAACUUAAUUCAAAAUCCUACUGACAUAUUUGUUUCCAAAUAACUAACAAUCCAGGCUUGUAUUAGUAUGCCGUGUGCUUCAUUCCAUAUGUCUAGAUAAUGUUAGGCAUUACCCACAAGCCCCAGACCAUCAGGGCGGAUGACACAUUCAAAUUCCUUUUAAAUUUGCUUAAUUGACUACAUGGGACACCUGCUAAACAUCAGCAUGUUAGCAUUAGCAUUUAACUCAAAGCUCUGCUGUGUCUAUGUACUCUCCCACAGAACUGCUAGCAUGGUUGUGUAUAUUAUUUGCUUGGGCGUGCAUAAUUGUCAAGCUACAAUCAUAGCUGACAUACACUCAGUGGCCGCUUGAUUAUGCAUUUUAUCAAAUCAGCCAAUCAUGUGGUAAGAACUUGAUGCAUGGACAUGCAGACAUGGUCAGUAGUAAGAUUGCCAGAUUGGGUGGUUUGAGUUUCUCAGAAAUGGCUGAUUUCCUGGCAUUUUCACUUACAACAGCAACAGUGACUGAAAUUAGAACAGGGAACUGAAGCUACAGUAGGCACAGACUCAAAACUGGACAGCAGAAGACUGUAAAACUUUACUUUAUCUGACCAUAUAUUUAGAACAUAGAACCUGAAUCCGUGGAUCCAUCCUGCCUCGUGUCAAAGGUGUAGGCUGUCGGUGGUUGUGUAAUGAUUUCUUGGCACACAUUAGGCCCCUUAAUAUCAAUUAAUCAUGUUUUAACUAACAAUUCAGGUUAGCAACUAACCUGAGUAUUGUGGCUGACCAUGUGCAUCCCUUUAUGUCAACUCAUCUCCUGAUGUACUGGUAGCCAACCUGGGGGUCCUAUCCCCCCUAUGGUUCGCUUAAGCUUAACAAGGGUCGCAAUGACUUCUUGAUUUUAAGGGGUCAAAGACAACAGGUUUAGGCUUAUUAAUGUAUGAUUGUUAAAAAUAAAAAAAUAAAAAACCUUAUACAGACAGAGAGUUACAUUAAAAGGACACAAACUUCCUGCAGUUGUUGUGUUGACUAUUUAGGUUGAUUGUACAAUUUAUUAGCUGUGUAUAUAUUAUUCAUCAAAUACAAUAUUAUAUAUCCAUAAAAUAUGUCACUUUGUCAGGGUUUAACAAUAAGUUCAGUGUCAGUAACCAAAUCUCACAAGUAUUAGAAAGGUGGUACCUGACCACUGGGUGUGUGAGGCUUUUAUUUGACAACAAUGAUAUGUAAUGUAUAAUGUUUCAUCCAUAAUUCCAUCUUGUAGUUUCCAAUCAAACUGUGCUGUUAUUAAACAACAAUAAGUGUCUCUGUGUUAUGUGAUUUUGAAUGCAUGAUGAUAAACUGAUUACACAUUGUAACAGAGAUGAUAUAACUGUAAGUGAUUCACUUUGAUUAACUGCAUUUUACUUUGUCAUAUAAAUCAUUUAGAUCUUUUAUAUUUUACCUCCAUUUCACGGGAGUCAUUCUAUAUUUUCAAGAGAGUGUUACUUUUGUUUGAAUUUAUUUGUUCAUAGUGUCUAUUUCCACACGAUAAUAUCAUCAUAAUCAUCAUCAUCAUUAUGUACAUGCUUUACAGUAAA